AUGGCUUUUCGUGGAGAGCGCUUCGUGCUUAACCUGGAUGAUGACUCUGGGACACCUGAGAUUCCCUCUCAAGCCCCAUUCUCUCUGAUCGGGGAGAUCCAAGAACGUCCUGCCCCCACCGCUACUCCCCCGCCGCCCAAACUGCCAACUCUCACCUCGACCGGAUUCCCAGCGCCUCGCCCACGCAAACCUUCUUCGUUCAAGCAGCGACGAGCUAACCAGGCUGCACCGGGUCCCACCUUGACUCCACCGACUGCUCAGGAUGACAAGAAAUCUAUCGACGAGGAAAAUCGCCGGCACCUGGCGGCAAUGUCGGAUGCACAGAUACAGCAGGAGCGCGAGGAGUUGAUGGAACAGAUGGAUCCAGACCUUCUCCAACGAUUUCUUCGAAGAGUAAAUAUUUAUGAUGACCAUCAAGCCGACGGUUUCACAUCAAAAGCACCUGCGCCCGAUGAAAAAUCCCCCAAGCCGAAGAAAUCGGUCUCGUUCGAUGUUCCCGAUUCGGCACCAACAGCGUCCAAAUCCACAACACCAAGCGCGCAAUCUCAUUCCUUGCAAAAGCCAGUAUUGCCGCACCCUGGAAACGAAGACCGACCUCCAUCCACACUCCCCAAAGACCUUCACCCCGCUUCGCAACGCCCCUCCCUCGACCCGGCAACUUUAGAAACUUUCCACUUCCCCCAGCCGGCCAAGCCAAUGCCAGUCCUUGAUCCAUCUUCACCUUCUUUCCUGUCAGAUCUACAGUCCCAUUACUUCCCCGAGAUCUCGCAAGACCCAUCCACUUUGUCUUGGCUCCAGCCCCUCUCUGCAGAUGAAGAAGACCCAGACUCAACAUCCGCCUAUCACCCAGCCAGUAGCGCAAUCUCACUGGCACCAUCAGCGAUUCGCUUCUCGCUGAGGGGAACCAUUCUCGCCCCUGAAACUUCUCUGUCCCUCCCGACAACAAUGGGUCUGCACCAUCAUGGCGACGACCCCCAUGCUGCGGGAUACACAAUUCCCGAGUUGGCCAUUCUCGCCCGUUCCACAUUCCCCGCACAGCGUUGUAUCGCGUGGCAGGUAAUUGGUAGAAUUCUGUUCCGUCUUGGUCGGGCAGAGUUCGGAGAUCGAGGGGGGCAGUUGUCUGAGGGUCUAUGGUUUGUGAUUGAGAAAGAAGGCAUCGUUGCCGGCAUGCUUGCUGAAGCCGAUGGGAAUGCUGGUCAGACCGAAGGCCGCAGCAAGAGCAAAUCUACCAAGGAUCAGAAUGAUACCGAGGAAGGCGGAAGCUCUCUGCCCGUUGCUUCCGGCGUUGGUCGUCAUGCCAGCGCUGCUGCUUGGGCCGUGGAGGGCGUCUGGCUCUGGCAGAAGGGUGGUGGCGGUGACCGCGGCCUGCUGAAGGAAGGCCAGCACAGGUCGACAUAA